UGCGGAAAAGAGUUGGCGAAGCAGAGCCAGAAGCGGUGCGGGAGAAAGAAGCGCGUGCGGCUCCCCUUUUAAGUUUUGCCUGCCUUCCCGGCAAACGCGCUUUGGUGCAUCAUCGGGUGCGGAGCCUUUCCUUGUUUCUUUCUUACAAAGCAAGGUAGGGCGGACGAGUCUCUUGAGUUCCCAUCGCAGCACCGCCGAUGUUCAUAUGACUGAAAAAACGCUUCUGGAAGUGGUAUAUUUGGUCCCCUCGCCUCUAAAUUAGCCCGGAAAGAGGCAUCCUUGCAGCCGGAAAACUAGGAAGCGACCCUUUCGAAAGGGAAGAGGAGGCAGCACCCGCUUCUUUUAGUUGGGUUUGGUGUCCAGUCAUGGUGGGCCACCACGACCACAUGUUCAAAGUCUUAAUUAUUGGUGAUGCCACAGUUGGGAAGACCUCUUUAGUCCAGCGAUAUGCUAAUGACAGCUUCAACAAGCACUACAAGUCUACUGUAGGAGUGGAUUUUGCUCUGAAGGUGGUGCAAUGGUCAGAGUCUGAGACAGUGAGGUUACAACUAUGGGACAUUGCUGGUCAGGAACGUUUCACAUCAAUGACUCGGCUGUAUUACAAGGAGGCAUCAGCCUGUGUCAUUAUGUUUGAUGUCACCAAUUUUAGCACAUUCCUCAAUUGCCAGAAAUGGAAACAAGAUUUGGAUAGCAAAGUGAAACUGCAAGAUGGAAGUCCUGUCCAUUGUCUGCUAUUGGCUAAUAAGAGUGAUCUUUAUCCAUGGGCUAUGACUAGAGAAGAAAUUGAUCUGUUCAGCAAAGAGAAUGGUUUUACGGGUUGGACUGAAACAUCUGUCAAGGAAAACAAAAAUGUCAAUGAGUCAAUGAGGGUCCUUAUUGAAAAAAUGAUGGUCACAACAUGGCCAGGAGAUAACGAUAUGUCUGUUUCAGGCCGUGGGGACUAUAUCAAUCUGAAAGAUGAAUCCACACCCAACUGGGGUUGCUGCUAACUAUAUUUGCUUCUUCAUCUGGCCAGAGGUCUAAAGUGCCAUCCAGACAAUCUAUAUACUUUUAAAAGCACACAUAAAUUCUGUCUUUGCACUGUUGAGAAAAUCAGAAGAGAAGGCAAUCCCUCAUUCUAGCAAGGAUAAUGGAAAAUACUGGCUUGGCUGCUUAUGAACCAUGAGGGGUACUUUCCCCGUUUCAUUCAGCAUUGUCUCUUCAGCUUCUUCAAUUAUGAAGGAUCUGCUGAUUUCAGCUCCCAGCAGUUAAAAGAAGAACUCCGCUUCUCUGGAUCAAAAAUAUCAUUGCAGGGAGUAUGGAUAUUGGGACCUUUCAAACAUCCAAAAGCCUAGCCUAAUGAAUCUUGUAUUUGACAGUGUAUCUGCUAAAUCUUCCUCUGCUCACAUUUAGCACAGACUUCUUUUAAUGAGUCUUUUGUGGAGGGAGGCUUUGCACUGCCUUGUGACGCAGCUGCUGAAUCCUCUUACUGCAGCUUUUCUUGAAGUGCCAUUUUUGGGCCAUGAGAAGUCAGUUGCCACUUUUGUCUUUUUCGCCAAUAAUGUUAUGUCUAAACCUAGGAAAGUUCUAUGAACUCUGACCAUUUUUGUCCCUGCUUUUAUGUCAGGCAUGCAGUUGUUAAACUCUUUCUUGAAGUCACUUUAUUAAAGAGCCAGUGGUGAAGAGAGGCUAAAGCCAUAGACUUCAUUGCACUGAUACACUUUAAGUAAGGCACCAGCCUUAUUUGUUCUCUUUAUAGCCCUUUCUCUUGCAGGAUCUAAUUUGCCUCUUUCAAGAUUCUGAUGAAUUACUUGUCUUCAGCCAUUGAAGUAAGAAGGGUUAGAUAGCCAGCAUAGCAGGCUGUUUGAAAGGCCACCUACUGGUUUAGUAAUCUGAGGGACAAAACAAAAUAAAGAGCAUAGCAGGACAAAAGCUAAAGUUAAAAUAUUUCCUGUGCCUUUUAUUUUUUUAAAAAAAGUAGAAGGAAUUUUCCUGGGAUUAUUAGCUGGCAGCUUUCUGUUUUUGGUGAACAUAUGAAGUUAAAGCUACUUAGGUUUUUAUAAAUUGGUCAGUUCAUAAUUCAGAAAGGCUGACAUGACAUUGCAAAAUUGCCAUACAUAUUAAAACAUUUGAAUUUUUAAUAUUCAUUUUUAAAAUGGUCAGGGAAGUGCAGUGCUUAAGAGUAAAAUAUUUUGGGGAUGAAAAGUUAGUGGGAGGACUGAUUGCAAAUAGAUUUUUUUGAUGUCUGUAAUGUUUCCAUCUUGACUGUGCUAAUACAACAGGAAAAGGUCUGAAAAGUCUUAAAAUAGGUGCUUUACAAAGGUUAAACCAGUCAUCCUUUUAGAAGACUCCCAAUGGCUUCUUUCAAAGGCUUUCCCAGACUCCCUUUAUGUGUGCAUCCAUAGAUGUUUUAUUUGCGGUCAGUCUCUGAACUAACAAGUUUGGAAAGCUCUUGUACUUAAGAACAGAAUUCAGGAAAUUCAGUCCCUUUAAACUGUCUAAGCUGUCUAGUGGGUGGGUUCUAUGUCAGCUUCUCUAUGUGUAAGUGUAUGUAUUUUGUAGAGAUUAUAUCAAUUUUAGGGGCCUUCUGUUAGAACUGCAAUGAUAAGAUCUUUAUAUUUAGAUAUCUUUCUUAAUGACAAUCUCUUUACUUUUAUAUUUUUAAAGCAAUUUUGUACUGUAUCAGAAACAUGCUGUAGCAAUCAGCAAAUUGAAUUGAACCACUUUUGAGGGUUGCUGAGUGGAACUGCUCCAAAAAUUUGCUUAUUUUUGGGAGUACAGUAUUCAAGCAUUAUUUGGCCCUGUUUUAAACAGGGAACAUCAAAAAGCAUAAUAUUUUUCCUACAGUAUACAAACAAUGCAAAUAUUCUGCCUGUUUGAGUUAACAAAUAUUAGGAAAAGAAAUUCAGCAAACAAUUGUAUAGAAAUUUUCUCUUUAACAUCCAUUGGAGAGAAUCCUUAUGAGACGAUCAUAUUGUUUGAAAGACAGAAUUUCUUUUAUCAUUUUUGGGAAGCAAUAUAUGAUGCAGAACUUAAUGUCUAUCCAAAAGGAAUUCCUGUUAACUAAUUGGUCUGAAGAUGUUCUAGCAGGUUGCACAUGUUUUUUUUUUUCCAAAUAGCAUUUCUGACACAGCAUCAUUUCUUUUUGAUGACAGUAAAACAUGGGAAAUUAAUAGAUUACAUUUUAUGAAUUAAACUCAGUGCAGCUACUUUGACUGACUACAACAGGGAACUUUGUGGGAAUGAUAUAAGAUUGCUUGAUGCUGUGUUAUAGUGAGAGGAAUAUGUAUAGAGUUUAUGUCUUAACUUUGCACUGCUUUUUUAAUCACAUGAUUUUUCAAUUUGUCCUUU